AUGGGCAAACGAAUGAUACCUGGCUUAGAUAGAUGCAGCCUACCCUGCAGAAGGCCUCAUCUUCAGCCGUCGGACUAUACGGCUGCACGCUGGCUCACUGGCACUUCGGCUGCCGUCUGUAUAGUUGUCAAUUUGAUCGCUAUCGUAAGCCAAUUCGCCCCAUAUUCUAGUAUCCUAGGUCUUUUCUCAAUAUAA